UGGGGCGAAAUGGUCUCUAGUCUUUUCAAAUAAAUAGUGUUCAUAGCGGGGCGCUUCACCUGUGAAUGUCUGCCUGCCUUACGCUGUUGCAGGGGACAACGCGCCAUUUUGAAGCCGAAGCGAAGUGUUCUUUCUGAUCGUAUGUUGACAGAAAAUGUUCAGGAAAGGAAAAAAGCGGCACAGUAGUAGUAGUUCGCAAAGCAGCGAAAUCAGCACUAAAAGCAAAUCAGUCGACUCCAGUCUUGGAGGCCUUUCGAGAUCUAGCACCGUUGCUAGUCUAGAUACAGACUCCACAAAAAGUUCAGGUCAGAGCAAUAGCAAUUCAGAUACUUGUGCAGAAUUUAGAGUAAAAUACGUUGGUGCCAUUGAGAAGUUGAAGCUUGAUGAGAGCAAGACUUUGGAGGGGCCACUGGACUUGAUCAACUACAUAGACGUGGCACAGCAAGAUGGAAAACUACCCUUUGUUCCAGGGGAAGAAGAAUUUGUUAUGGGAGUAUCCAAGUAUGGUAUUAAAGUUACAACUCUGGACCAGUAUGAUGUCCUGCAUAGACAUGCACUCUACCUAAUUGUUCGCAUGGUCUGCUACGAUGAUGGCCUGGGAGCAGGGAAGAGUUUACUGGCUUUGAAAACAACAGAUGCCAACUAUGAAGAAUACAGCCUUUGGAUAUACCAGUGUAAUAGUUUGGAACAAGCACAAGCUAUUUGUAAGGUGUUGUCUACAGCCUUUGACUCAGUUUUAACAUCUGAGAAGCCCUGAAUUUCAACAGCUGCUCUUCAUAGCAAGAGGAAGCACUACUUGCUGCGACUACAGCAACAGGAGGCAACAAGUAUUUUGGUACAGACAUGAACUGUAACUUUUUAAAACAGCUGCUUAAGUUAAAGUUAAAUAUGGCUCACUUACAAAGACAUUUUCAAGAAAACUGAUAAUAAGAGCUAUCAACUAAAAUCAAUGGAAGAACUUGUAUGACUUGAUCUGAAAAUGCACUGGCUAUUGUGCAUACAGUUGGAAGAAAGGUUCAAAAUGGAUCAAAAACUUGAUGAAUUUGAAGAUGAGCAAUCAGAAUCGGACAAAAUAUGGUUAAAUAAAGAAGGAAAAAGAGUAGCAAGGUUCUACAAAUCUCUACAUAGGUUUGAACAGGAGGAAGACCCAGUCUCAGAUAAGAUGAUAAAAUGGGCGAUGCAUUGUGGCAGAAUCAUAGACUUAGAAAGCUGGAAAUAUGCCAGAAUGAAGACUAACAAAUUUACAAAAUCACAGAAUUUAAAAGAAAACUUCUUUAAAAUGGAACAAAGAUGGUAUUUAACCCCAAAUAAAAUGGCAAAGAUUUACAAAUUGACUACAAAUCGGUGUUGGAAAUGUCAAUCAGCAAUUGGUACUUGGUUCCAUAUUUGAUGGAGCUGUCCUAAGCUUACUAAAUUUUGGAAACAAAUCCAUAUGACAAUUGAAAAGAGUUUUCAGAUUAAAUUUGAACUAAAACCAGAAAAUUAUUUAUUGAACAUGUUAAACAAAAUCCCAAAUCAUAUUGAAAGAAAAUAUUGGCAUAUUUUACUAUAUGUCAUAACCGCAGCCAGGAUGACAAUAGCCCAGAACUGGAAAAAUAAAAACAUACCAAGUAUAGACGAGUGUCUGCUGAAACUAUUAGAGAUGUUAGCGAUGGACAAAUGUACAGCUCUUCUAAACAACAAAAAUCAAAACAAGUCGAGGAAGAAUGGUCUCCAAUAGUUACAUUUUGUUCAUUGAGGUGGAAAUAAAAGUUAGCGGAGCAGAGGAUGUGGAGCUUAAAUGAAAUAAUAAUGCUCCAGGGGAACUAUUGAAAUGGUAGAACUGUUAUUUUAUUUUUAUGCUGAUAUAUAUAGAUACAUAAUGUAGAUUAUAGCAAUAUAUGAUAUUUGUUUAGAAUAAGAAUAAUAUUAAAUAAGACUUUUAGAUAACUUGAUGCAAUAGGACCAGUUACAGAGAGUACAUUGGGAAGUUAUAUUUUGUAUUUGCUUGUUUUUGGAUUAUUGUGAUACAAUAAUCCCAAUAUAUAUAUGUUGAUAAAAAUAAAACAGCUGCUUAAGCUCUUCA